AUGCCUAAAGUAAGUGCACAUCCAUUUUUUAAGGCGACAGUCCAGGAGGCAGAAGCGGUUAAGUCGUGUUUGGUGAAUUAUGAGCGCAUGUCUGGACAAACAGUCAAUUAUGGGAAAUCAUGUAAUGUGGCAGCUGUUUUUCAUGUUCAGCAGGCUAAUACCAUUGGCCGGUACUUGGGGCUCCCGAUGGGGAUAGGACGAAAUAAGCGUGAAGUUUUUUCGUUUAUUGAAGCCAAGCUUAAACAUCGACUAGGGGGGUGGAACAAGAAGUUUCUUUCGCGAGCCGGAAAGGAGAUAUUGCUUAAAAGUGUCGCCCAAGCUCUACCUACUUAUACAAUGAGCAUUUAUUGUGUCCCUCUUUGGUUGUGUGAGCGCCUUGAACGUUUGAUGAAUAAGUUUUGGUGGACUACCAGUGGAGGGGGAAUUAGGUGGAUGUCAUGGAGACGCAUGUGUGGCCCGAAGGACGCAGGAUAA